CCCAUGUACAGUGUUAGGUCCCUCUUGAAACCUGCUGUAGGCCUCCAAGAAUUGGGCUGGUGCCGUUCCCGGCCCAGAUGGCGGCUUCAGGCGAUUUUGAUGGCUUCGCUGUUAAGAAGCGCAAGAUGAAGAACAAAUUCAAGCAGAUGAUUGCAGACGCGGCAGCAGAGGCCCCAACAUUGCAGCCGCUGUUGCAAGCCGAAGGCGCAACGCGAGAAAGGAAGAGGAAGGACAAGAAGAAGCAGAAUGCAGCGAUGGAGGAGACGGUAGGAGUGCAGGCAGACGCUCCUGGGACAGCGGCAGCACCGCCACCACCUAGUGCCGCUGCCACGCACCAGCCCCAGACGGCAGCUAGCAGGCCUCCGGUCCUGUCCCACCCAGGCCGGGGGAAAAAUGGCAAGGGCGGCAGCCUACUGCAGCAGAUGCGGCAGCGGUUGCAGGGCGGGCGGUUCCGCUGGCUGAACGAGACACUGUACACGAGCGACGGCGCAGCGGCGCUGGAGAUGAUCCAGCAGCAGCCGGAGCUGAUGGAGCAGUACCACGAGGGCUUCCGCGAGCAGACCAAGGCUUGGCCGCUGCAACCUGUAGAUCAGGCCAUCCGCUGGCUGCGCGGCCGGCCACUGGGAUGGACUGUGGCAGACCUGGGGUGCGGCGACGCAAAGAUCGCGGCCACCGUGGCGCAGACUGUGCACAGCUUUGAUUUGGCAGCCACCGUGCCAGGCGUGAUCGCCUGCAACAUGGCGGCCGUGCCGCUGCCGGACGCCGCCGUGGAUGCCGCCAUCUUCUGCCUCUCUCUCAUGGGCACAGACUAUGGCGCCUUCUUGGCUGAGGCGGCCCGUGUCCUCAAGCCCACGGGCUGGCUGUGGAUCGCCGAGGUGCAGUCGCGGUUUAUGCACAGCGGCGGGCACAGCGUGCUGCCCGCCUUCCUGGCAGCAUUGGCGGAGCUGGGGUUCCAGGUCAAGCGCAAGGACACCAGCAACAGCCACUUCCUAGUCCUGGAGCUGCAGCGCCAGGACAUGCAGCACAAGGUCAACGGCGGCGGCGACCGGCAACGCUCAUUGGAGUGGCCCGAGCUGCGCGCCUGCCAGUACAAGAAGCGGUAG